UUUUUUUAGUUCUGUAAAUAUUGUAUUUUAUUGGACGGCAGGGUGCCUAUUUAAAAAAAAAAGAAAAAAAAAGUCGGCACCGUGUGAAACCCAGACAUGGCAGAGGGACCGCCCGUCGACACUGACCCGGACUUCGAGCCUCUCUCCCGGCCGCGCUCCUGCACCUGGCCGCUGCCCCGGCCGGAGCUCACCGACCCGGCCGGUUCCGACACAUCCUCCCCGGCACCGUCCGUGCAGCAGGAGCCGGCGGGAGGAAACGCCGAGUUCAGCAGCAGCAGCAGCCUCGGCUUGUUGGAGGAGGACUACGGAGAGUUCACCGAGCAGAAWCCGCCUUUCUUCUCGUGUCAGGAGAGAAGCUGCGCGCACCUGCAUCCCCAUCAUCCCCACCAUCCUCCUCCUCACCACCCCCAGCUGCAGCAACAGGUGUCUCCUUCAGGGGUCCCCGCACUGGGUGGGUCCGGGCAGAGGAAGAUCAGCUCGUCCCGUCGGAACGCMUGGGGCAACAUGUCGUACGCGGACCUGAUCACCAAGGCGAUAGACAGCUCACCUGAGAAGAGGCUGACCCUGUCCCAGAUCUACGACUGGAUGGUGAAGAGCGUGCCUUACUUCAAUGAUAAAGGAGACAGCAACAGCUCUGCAGGCUGGAAGAACUCCAUCAGACACAACCUGUCGCUGCACAGCCGCUUCAUGCGAAUCCAGAAUGAGGGGACGGGCAAAAGCUCCUGGUGGAUGCUGAACCCAGACGGAGCAAAGAGCGGGAAGUCUCCUCGCCGCAGAGCAGCCUCCAUGGACAACAACAACAAGUUUGUGAAGAGCAGAGGGAGGGCCUCCAAGAAAAAGAUGUCUUUACAAGAAGAAGCUGAAGGUGGAGAGGCGAGUCCCAGGUCCCAGUACUGGCUGGGGAGUCCAAACUCCCACAGCAACGAGGACUUUGAAGCCUGGAGUUCCUUCAGAACCCGCACCAGCUCCGACGCCAGCACCCUGAGUGGACGGCACUCUCCGUUCCCCUCAGAGCAGGAAGAUCUUGUGGAGUCUGAUGGACUCAUGUUGUACCCUGGACCCUCGGGGACCAAGAAAACCUCCGCCCUGCCCAGACUCUCAGAGGUGACUGGAUCCAUGGGUCCAUGUGUGUCAGAACACGUGAUGGAGAGUCUGCUGGAUAACCUGGACCUGCUGCCUCCUAAAGCCCCCCAGCUGGGCUCGGACCCCUCACAGUCCUCUAAUGCUGCCGUGCUUCAGAGCAGCUCCUAUGGCUCUACAGGUUUGACCCAGGACUACCAAAAGUGUUCGUUUGGCCAGGUGAGGCUGGCCCUACCAGAGACCAAAACUGGGUUCAGAGUUUAUGAGAACCAGUACAUCUCUCCUGCAGGGCUCCUUCAAGAACUGCUGACCACCGACGCAGACCCCGGCAGAAACUUAAUGUCGUCUAGUGACACACGGGGGACAGAUGUUGGGAGGACAAACUGCCUAAUGUCCACCUACAGCAGUCAGAGCCACGUGGGGGGUCAUAAAAUGAUCAGCCCCCCUCAAAGCCAUCCAGGUCUUCAUGUAAAUCCACAAUCUAUGCACAGCCAGGGCCCUGCUCCCUCUCAAGACCUAAAUAUCUGUAACAUGAUACCUCUAACUAGUCUAACUAGUCUUUCAGGGGCCCCUCAACGAGUGACCAGACCGCAGCCGGCCCGCGGACACCCAGCACACGCUAACGGUUUCCCAGCUAGCUUCAGCUACAGGGAACUGAACUCACUCUACACUCAUCAUCAUCAUCAUCAUCAUCAUCAUCAGGAGCGGCUACCCAGUGACCUGGACAACAUGUCCAUCGAGAGGUUGGACUGUGACAUGGACUCUGUCCUCCAUGACACCCUCAUGGACGGCGGAGGGCUGGACUUUAACUUUGAGCCCACAGCCGGAUCUCACGGGUUUCCUCAGAGGGUGAAGACGACCACACACAACUGGGUGUCGGGUUAAAACAACUGAAACCUCAACACAGGGUGUAAACAUUGGAUUAUUUGGUAUUAGAAAUAUAAUUUACAUCCUGUUAUGGAAACCACAAGCAGCUUGAGAAAAUUAGAAACCUGCAGUUUGCAUUUGCUUUGUCUGAAUUAUGACAAAGAGCUCAACAAAACGUAGGCUAGAAAUAAAACUUAUAGUACUGAGCUGUGAUUGGUGCAACAGAGUUCUGCUGGAUGCUGAUUGGCUGUGAAAAUAUGACAUCAUCACUAAAAAGCAGCCUCUGGCUCAGAUUUAAGCUUCACACAGUGAGCUGCAGCUCUGGCAGACGUGCUUGUAGUUAGAACUCAUAAUUUUGCAGAAAUCGUAAACACUGUACAGGAAGGAACUUUUUUUUCUUAUGCUUUUUCUUGAGUUUUCAAGUGAAAUUAUUAAAAACAAUAUGAUUUACAAAUGUUUUAACAAACCUUACUGUAAAUCUGUGUCCAUAUACAGUCCAGKGAAGUGCAUGAUGCCCACGUCCAGCUGGAGUGCAUCUUUAUCACCUUCUGUAGUGUGUAGCUGCUAACUGUUUUGCUCUCACGUUUUUUUAUUUAAUUUUUUUUUUUUUUUUGGUUAUCACAGCCACCCAAAUACACUGUAGGUCUUUUCUGGUCCAGUCUUUUUUCAUGAUUCACAGGAACUCUAAGAACGUAACCCCUGUGAAAACUGGGGCUUUACUGAAUUUCUUGACGAAAAGCUCAUCGYCUUUCCUGCCCGUGUUUUUAGCUGAUAUACUAUUUUGACAAGUCAUGUGGAGUUUUUAGCCAUUUUUGUCAAACAUUUUAAUGUUUUUUUGUGCAACUUUGCCAAAUGUAUCGGUGCUCAGAGGCUGGGUUAUGGCUGACUCUCAGCUACUACCACAUCAAGCUGAAUAUAUGUAAAUAUUUCACAUAAGGCCAACGAGUUCUCACUGAAAGUGCCCUUUAAAUCUGCUCAGAUUGUUCAUUUUAACAAACAAAAACAUAGAAAUAAGCUCCUGUUACAUUUAGUUUUAGUUCUGAAUGAGAUGUGUUUAAUGAACAGAAGAUGAAGUAUUUUUUGUAAAUAAUAAUAAGAAACAUUUCUCUAAAAGAAUCCUAGAUUGAUUAGAUUUAAUCCUGUUUAUUUACAGUAUGAAGGUUUAAUUUUCCCUUUUUAAUUUCCUGUGCAGUAUGAGUUGUAUUGAAGUUACUGUUAUUUUUCCUUUUUUGUUGUUGCGUAUUGCAAAUGUCAAGGAAAGUUUUCUAAAUGUGUUUUUUCAGCUGAUUGUGAAUGUUCCUGUGUGUGUG